UAGCAUCAUCAACAAUAUGUAGAUGUUUUAAGCUAGCCUUUUUACGACAAAACAUACCUGAGAAAACAUCUGUUCCUUUUUUCAUGAAUCAUCCCACCCCUGAUAUCUCAUCUCUCCCUCCAAACUUUAGCUUUUUCUAGGAAAUUCUUUUUCUAUUUAGGAUCGUACAGACGAUAAAGGACUAGGAAACUGACCUGAGGGGCCUUGAAAUUGCCUUCAAAGUGACAUUUAGUGAAACUUAGGAUUACGCAGAACAACGUAGACCACGCAACUGUGAAGAAAACUCCUUUACCAUUUCUUCGUGUGUGAAGCAUAUUUGUGGAUUCAAAAACAGGUUUUAUGUAGUGAAAAUGGAAUUGUUUAAACAAUGGCUUUCAAAAUUAAAUCAAAAAAUGAAGAGAGAAGAUAACAGACUGGAUGGUAGUAUGAUUGAUGACAAUGGAAAUUCUCUGCAAAACAAAUCAAGAUCAUCAGAACCAAAUUUAAAAAAUUGCUGCGAUGGAAACAAAUUUUUUCGAUGUUACCCAAAUAAAGCCUGUCAGAAUAAGGUAGAUAAUAAAGACGAAAUGUUUAGAAGUAACUACUUAGAUUGUAACUGUCACAACUGUAUGAUUCUUCCGUCCAUCACCGAAUGCCAAGUUUGUUUGGGACCUUUUCAGGGUCGAAAUGUGAAAUCUUGCAUAACUUGUGGCAAUUUAAUGUGCAAUGAAUGCGUAAAAAAAAUUAAAUUUUGCGCAUUUUGUCGUAGCGAGCGUCCUUUUCAAAAUAAUAAAGCCAUUGAACGAUUGUUCAAUGAAUUGAGUCUUCCGUGUAAAAAUAUGAGAAACGGUUGCAAUAUUUUUCUUCACAGCGAUGAAAAACAAGACCAUGAACAAAAAUGUGCUUACAGUCAGCUGCAAUGUCCAAUGAGUACAAUGAAAAAAUGCAGUUGGCAUGGAUUAACGCUUGACGUAUUUGAACAUCUGAAAACAGCCCAUCAAGUUGUGCCUCUUAAUGGUUCUGGCGUGACUAUUGAAUUAACAGAUUUUUGGAAAAAGAUGGUUUUUGCUGAAGGAAAAUACAGCGUCUUCUUGAACUGCUAUUACCAACUAUUUUUGCUAAAAGUCGAUUUUUCUAAUGGGAAAAUACAGAUGAUUGUAUCACGCGUUAAUCAUUUUACGGCUACAGACGAAAAACAACAAUCAAAUGCCUAUGAAGUUGAAGUGAAAGUUAUUAGUUCUAAUGAUAAAUCACAUUUGCACAAAACAUAUUUAUUUAAACAUAAUAAACACACUGAUAAUAUUAUCAUUGAUUGUGCUGCUUUAUUAGCUCAGGAUAUUCUUGAUUCGGCUAAGAUUGAAAUUGUAGUAAACAAAAAUAAUUCUUGAUGUUUUUUCAAGUCAACGUAUAUUAUUAUGAAUCAUGCUCAUUCAUCAAUUAGAUAAAGGUUAAAGAAUUUAGAUUGAAUUUUAUACUAUUUAGAUCAAGUUUAUUUUAUUAUAUUAUAAUUCAUUGGUAUUUUUAAUUCUUCUUCAUUGACUUGAAAUAGCCGUCACUAAUAUUUUAAAUAAUUCGUAUUUACUAUAAUUUAUGAUUGUCGUAUAAGAUUUUAUAUCAAAUUAUUCGCCUAAUUACUACAAUAUUUUCUUUCAAUCUAUCAUACUACUGUUAAAAAGUAUUAUUAUCCAUAAAUAACGGAUAUUGCUUGCUAUAAAUAAAUUUAUAAAA